AGAGGGGAGAAAUUGGGCGGUGGCGGGCGACGGGUAAGGAGUGGCCGGGCUGCCGCGGCCGCUGCGCCAGACCCUUGGGCCGGUGCCCUUUCUCCAGAGGCAGCCAAGCGAGUCUCCCUCCAAAAGAGGCGCCCCCGCACCUUGCCAUGGCCACGGGGCUUCUUGUGGCGCUCCAGAAGGACCAGGCGGACCUCCCCGCCCCGGUCGACGCUGCGGAGCAUCUCUGCCCGCUAGUGGGACUCCCCGUCCAGGAUCCAGGAGAGCAAAGACCCAGCAGGCUGGACCCCUCUGAGCCGCUCCCCAGGCAGAAGCCUCCUGGCGCCCCCGUUGGACUCUCCGUUCUGGAGAGGAGCAAUUCUGAGGAAAUACCCUCCUACCUCUCUGACAACACCACGGUCACCUCGGCAGAUGAGGAGAAAGUGCUCCUGCUGAACAGGAACACGGAGCUCCGUCAGAGGAACAAGGAGCUGCUGGAGCUCAGCCGAGUCUGGCAUGCCACCUACCACUCCACCCGCGCGGGGCUGGAGCGCCAAGUGGCCGCCCUGCACGAGGACGUGGCCGCCCUCCGCGCACAAGCCUGCAAACUCUCUGCCCAGCUGGACCACGAGCAGAGCCGGAGAGAGUAUUACGAAAACACCCUCUUCCAGGAGCUGAAACACAGCCAGGUCAUGCAGGAGUAUGUGAGGCAGCUGGAAGGGCAGCAGCUUUGCAGCCAGAGGCCCCCGGCUCCGGAAUCCCGAGCAGGUGACCUUCUGCCUUGGGAGGAACCAGCGGCUCCCCCGCAGUGCCUGCCUCCCAGGAGGCGGUUAAAGGGGAAAGGAAUGAAGCCGCAAAGCCCAGCACCUCUAACCGUCCCUGGCAGCGAAAACACCGGAGGCAGAGAGCGCCUGCCCUGCGCCCAGCACAGCACAAGCACCCGCUCUGAUGGACGGGACGAGGUCUCGGCUCUCAAAGACCAGCUCGAGGCUUUGAAGUACCAGACAGAAAUCUACAAAGCCAAAUACAGGAUGGAGCAGGAGGAUCGGUUGCGGGUCAAAGCGGAGAACCUCCAGCUGCGGAAGGAGGAGGAGGAGAUGAGGCAGCGGAUGGCUUUGCUGGAGGAACAGCUCCGGAUCUUUGAGGACGACUUCCGGAAGGAGCGCUCGGACAAGCAAGUGCUGCAACGCCUCCUCAAGAGGAACGCCGGCGCCCAGGGGCCUGUCCUUCUACCGAGGAGCAGAACCCCAGGGGGGCUUGCAGGACUCACCCCCCCACCAGCCAGGGAGAGCCGCGGCAAGAAUGGCAUUGUGUGCCCCCAUUGCAACUGACGCCCAGACGCUUUGAGGGACAAGCCCUCGUGCUUCUGCAGAGACGGCUAAUGUCCAGAGCUUGAGGUGUGCAGAGCGGAGCCUCCCGGACCAGAAGAAGCCAGCCCCUUAUCACCUAAUUUUUUGGGGGGUGUUCCUCCCUCUGCACAGGAGAGGCCUAUCUGGAAGGGUAGCAUAAUUUAUUCUUCUACUGUAUAAAAGUGGGCAGCUAGGAGGUCGAAGUGGGUACUGGAACAGGCCUGUCACAUACUCAAGUCACAUGCAUUCCCACAAGAAGGGCGUUCUUGAGCCCCAUCCCAGCCUCACAAAAGGGCAGUUCGGAACCGGACGAAGACUAGCAAGAGGUCCCCGUCUCCCGGGGGGGGGGACAGUCCCUUCCACAGCUGAGGGUGCAAGAGAACCUGCUUCUGACACACACAC